UUUUAUUGACAAGUGACAGCCCACAAUGUACAUGCACUGUAUCUCUCUCUAAAAAGAGAAAGCUUUCUAAAGGAGAAUCCAUUUUUAGGAGGAGAGAGAAGAGAGAUAUAUGCAAAUGCUCUCUAAAGCUUCAUCUGCUAUGGCCUCCUUUCCUUGUUCAAGGGUGAGGAGUGGGCUUUGUGUUUGGCCAGGCUUGAGGCAAUUUUGCAUAAGAAAGGGUCUCGAGUAUGGCUUGCGCUUAUUAUCGAUGCCCCUCAAAACCUUGCGCGGGGCAAGUCGUUCUCUCAGGGUCGCGGAGUUUUGUAGUGUCACCAACGUGUCUUCCUCAUUGCAAAUCGAAUUGGUACCAUGUCUUAGAGACAACUAUGCAUAUCUUUUACACGACGUGGACACAGGCACGGUUGGAGUCGUUGAUCCUUCAAUAGCUAUGCCCAUUAUCGAUGCUUUGAGUCGGAAAAACUGGAACUUGACUUAUAUAUUGAAUACCCAUCACCAUCACGAUCAUACUGGUGGGAAUGCAGAGCUGAAAGCAAGGUAUGGAGCAAAGGUUAUCGGUUCGGGAAUAGACAAGGAUAGGAUUCCUGGAAUUGAUAUUGUUCUAAAUGAUGGGGACAAGUGGAUGUUUGCAGGUCAUGAGGUGCAUGUCAUUGAAACUCCAGGUCAUACCCGAGGCCAUAUCAGCUUCUAUUUUCCAAGUUCUGCAGCAAUAUUUACCGGGGACACAUUGUUCAGCUUAUCAUGUGGCAAGCUUUUCGAAGGAACCCCGGAACAGAUGCUUUCUUCCCUUCAGAGGAUCAUGUCUCUGCCUGAUGAUACAAAUAUAUAUUGUGGUCACGAAUAUACUUUGAGUAAUUCGAAAUUUGCAUUGUCGAUAGAACCCAAGAAUGAAGCACUUCAGUCGUAUGCAGCGCAUGUAACUCACCUUCACAACAAAGGGUUGCCUACGAUUCCAACUACACUGAAAAAAGAGAAGGCGUGUAAUCCGUUCCUUCGAACGAUGAGCUCAGAAAUCAGGCAGGCAUUAAAUAUUCCGGCCGAUGCAAAUGCGGCUGAAGCGUUGGGUGUCAUUCGUCAAGCAAAGGAUAAUUUCUAGGGCUUGUUUAGACACCAUUGCUGUAUGUGUAUAGGUGAUGUUAGCUCUUCCAUAUGUGAAAUAAAAAACCACAAAUGUUUACCAAUGUUCAUAUGCUUUGAUUUUAAAUUUUUUUGGUUCUUUCGAAAUUCUCUUGAGCUAAUCUCAAAAUAUUAUUUCGCUUAUUUCAUCAUAACAAUUUUUUA